AUGAGUGGAAAUCAUGGCGUUAAAGUGUUUGCUCGUAUACGACCUACUUCCAAGUUCGCUGCUGAAACGAUUGAACUUCAUCCUGACAAUAAAUCAUUAACAAUUCACACGAGAAAAGAUGAACGGCGGGGCUACAUCAACAAUCAGAUUUUAGACUGGACUUACCAAACAGAUCACGUAUUGCACAAUGCCAGUCAGCCUGAAGUAUUUAAGAAGUGUGCUGAGGAGCCUAUUAUGAAAUCCCUAGAUGGCUUUAAUUCAACAAUCAUAGCGUAUGGCGAGACGGGCGCAGGGAAAAGUUUUACGAUGAGUGGAUCUUGUGAGAAUUUUCAAGAACGUGGGAUCAUUCCUAGAACAGUCUCUAAAAUAUUCUCAGAGAUAUCAAACCGCAGAGAACAGUCAAUAUGGGUCAGAAUUUCUUAUUUAGAAAUCUAUAAUGAAUCAAUGUUUGAUUUACUUGCUACAAUACCAGGCACACCAUUUGUUGACCCUAGCUCAUUCACAGUAACCGAGGAUGAAGGUACAAGCUGUCGGGUCAAGGGGCUGUCUGUUCAUAUAGCAAACACAGAAGAGGAAGCUCUUAACCUAUUUUUUGAGGUAGGUAUAUACUUAGGGAGUGUUCAUUAUUUAUGGUUGGGGGGAGUGCAUUUCACACCUCCUCCCUCUCAAUAUGUACAUGACCCCCCGUCUGGCAACAGCAAAACUCACAUGACCCCUCCCCCCUGCCGCCAAGGAAACACCAACAUUUUCAUGUUCUAUAAUAACAUAUUUUAAAGAGAUCAAAACAUUGCCAGUCACUAAAACUUUCAUGACCCCCCCCUCAAUUACUCCUCAAACUCUGGUGACCCCUCCAAAAGCAAACACCAAACUUUUUCUGCCCCUAUGAUUUCACACCCCCCCCCUCACCCCUCCCCCCUCCAAACCAUAAAUAAUGAAUGCUCCCUCUCCAAAUGCCUGAUCGAACUAGCAGUUUGACUGCAUGGUAAAAUAAUUAAAAUUUCAGACCUUUUACAUUUAUAUGCAUCCUUGAUCUGAUUAAGCUUGGCCAAUUUUUCCAAUUUUGACAUUUUGUGUGUAUCAUGCCGCCCCCAGCCAGAGCUGGCAUGUUGUUAAUGCAAUCUGAUGAAUACAGAUCAACCUUAUACUAUAAAAAUUGGAAAGCAUGAAUUGCCAUUGUAUGCUGUACUAGCUAAUUAAAAAACCUUGUAGUGCGAUCUCUGCAGUCAUCAAUGUGUUUGGUUUCAUUAAUUGAAUUAGUAGGUCACUCCAAAUCAAUGGUUACUAAAUGACUUUGAUGUUGUACUUCAGAGCAUAGGUAGAAGUAGUUCACUCUACAGUAAAACAAAAAAGUAAAAAGUCCUGGAGUAAAUGUAAUGUACUUGUCCGCAUGCAUUGCAUGCAUGAGGGGGGCAAGGGGGUCUUGUCACAAAAUCACAAAGAUUAUUUUUAGAUUUCAUGAGUCACGAAAAACAAAAUUUCAUUUUCACGAUUGUUAGGAACACACUGAAAAGCAUAACAAAGUCUGAAACCAUUUAACGAUUUUGUAGAUGGCAGAACUCGAUGUUAACACAAACACAUUUUACUGACUUUCACAUUAGAGCUUUUAAAGGACUAUGGAAAUUAUCAACUUCGUCCCCAGGAUAUGUUUUCCCUGUUAUGGCACUCAGCUCAUGUACCAUAACGAGGAAGACCCUGGGGGACGAGGUUGGGAAAGGGUGGGGUAUUUGCGUCAAUGUAAGUCACCAAGGAUGGAGAUUUUGUUGUUGCCAUAGUGGGGCAUUUGCAACGGUUUUUUGCCAAAAUGACACUGAUGCCCGACAAACGCCCGGGGAUGGGCACCCGUGGAAUUGAUUGAGACAAUUGAUUAUUCAGCCAGCUAUCAUUCAAUUUAUUUCAGAAAUUAUGACAAAAUCACUGAUAAAAAUCAGCUCACUAAGCAUCCGUAAAGGUCGUCUAUAAAUUCCACCAGCGCUUUUUCUCGUGAAUGAUGAAUUUGUGCAUGCGCAAUAAAGAUAAAUUAGGCAAUUGCUAGAAAAAAUUUCGCUUCGUCAGUGAGUAGAAGUUAGGCCUGUUUUAUACGUCGAUUUUGAUCGCGUCGAAUACAAUUAAGACAAUUAAUAGAUAAUGAGAUAACAAACCUCAUCAAACAAUAAAAUGGGCCUUAGUUCUACCAUAGCCUAUCGAAGGGAAGAUGCUGUGAAACUCAUUAGAAUAACAAUAUAACUCAUUAUCUAUGUUGGUCAACGUUUAUUCGUAAAUCUGGUCCUUCACCGUCAGGUGUGUAUUGUAUUUUUGUCAAAUCCACCAAUAGCAAUUUCCCGAGUUCGAGUCAUGGAUAGACGGUAAGUUUCCUAAAACGUACAUUGCUAUUGGUUACCUUAGUUGAGUAAAAAUACAAUACGCACGUGACGGUGAAGGACCAGAUUUAUGAAUAAAGGUUGACUAACCGCAUAGAUAAUGAGUUAUAUUGUUAUUCUAAUGAGUUUCACAGCCAUCUUUCCUUCGAUAGGCUAUGGUUCUACUCACUGCAAUAUCGAAUAAAUUGCCAAAAUUCAAUGGAAUCACUCACGUGAUGUGCAAUCAUCCAUACUUCGACGCGAUUCGACAACGCGACGCAAUUUUUCAGUUUUUGAAAAUAACUCAAAAUGUUAUAGCGCUUCUAUAAAUAUUUGAAAAACUUAAACCAGGAUCAAAGUUGUCGGUCAGUGCCUGUAAGUCGAAAAAUCGCGCGGCAUUGUCGAAUCGCGUCCGGUCUGUGUCAGCUUAGCGUUUGGUGUUAAUGUAGUGGCCCAGUAACAAGCGGCUAUCUUUAAAACGGGGAAUAGAGGAAGGGAAUGGGGAAUGACCCCGUUCCCUUCCCCGUUCCCUUCCUCUAUUCCCCGUUCCGCGUUUUAAAGAUAGCCGUAACAAGCCGUUGAAGCCGUUUAGCUGCUGGAGGCGAUCAAAUGAAAAACAAUAUACAGGGUUCGUACGGGUCCUGGAAAACCUGGAAAGUUAUGGAAUUUCAAUAUUCCAAAAUCCAGGUCUGGAAAUCCUGGAAAAUCAAUUUUAGUCAUGGAAAGUCAUGGAAAAUUGAAAUUUUACAAAACAUUAAAAAAGUAUUUUACUUAUUUCAAUUUACCAGUCAUAACGAUAUAUUAUAUGAAUUGUUGUUAUAUAAGGAUUUUUGCAAGAGCAAAGUGAAUUUUGUUCUUUUAUUAUAUCUGUUAUCGUUAAAAUAUUAACGAAUUUCAGAAAUUCCAUACUUCCAGGUCAUGGAUUUUGAAAAAAAUGGUCAUGGGAAGUCAUGGAAAAGUCAUGGAUUUUAAAUGGGAGAAGGUGUACGAACCCUGAAUAUAAUUAUAUGUAUUAAACUGACAGUCUGACCGCGAAUUUGGGAUAAGAAAACUAGGCAAGGCCUGCAGUUGUUUGCUUAAAAUCGGUUAGUAUUAUUAUGUUUUCAGAGCGGCAAGGGAUCUAAAUUCUUGACACUAUGUCUAUAAGUACGCUUUUCGCGCGACUGAAGCAAAAUAAAAAAGCAACAUGAUUGGUUAGCGAAAAUACCGAUAAUUAUACUUUUUCGCCGAGUUCCGAAAUUUACAAUGACUCCUGAAUUAAUACAAUCACGAUACAACUACUGCACGUCGUCAGUUAGUUUGUUAGCCUGUAUACUUGUUAGUUUGUUCAAAAUAAUAAGCCGGCUUGGUAUAGUCAUUACUGUCAUUUAAUGGAAAAUAGUAUGACUUCCGUUCGCACUUGUUAUUCCACUUGUUUUGCGCAUGCUCCAGGGCACCGUACUGUAGUAUAAUACUAUGUCUGAUUUCUAUUUAGUUCCGUAAUAUUUAUUCACAAGAUGGUUGGUGGCAAUUUAAUUUUCGCUUAUUCAUUUUUAAGGUGGCUCCAUACACUUUUCAUCAUUGGGGGACUGGUACCUAAUCUUGAGUUUUCGCGCGAAAAUAUUACAAAUAUCUGCAAAAAUAAAUAUAACUUUUUCAGUCUAAAAUCCGAAUCACAAGUCAUGUUUAUUUUGAUGUUUUGAGUCUUUUUUGUUCUCAUUUGUUCUCAAAGAACAAACUUCGUCCUGAUUUAGCCCUGAACAUUGAAUAGCUAGUCUUUUUAGAAGAUAUUUUAAGGUAAAAAAAUGCAGUGUUUAACGUUCGAACUCUUGUGAAAACCGGCGAUCGGCCCGACCGGCGAAACGUUUUUUACUCCAAUAUUUGGCGACUUAUAAGUUCAUAUCCAGAGUUUUUUGCACUUACAACUGGUAAAUGUACUCAAAGUGUCACUAACAGCAAAGGAAUCCAGUCAAACAGCAUCAUACGCCGGCUCAAACUGUUUAAAAUUGUCAACAACAACAUGAAAACACACAAGUUACGACUGAAAACGAAUAUAACUAUCAUGUACAGAAGCCAAAAAGUUCAUACGUGCCACACAUAUCUUAUACCAAACGACACAAUCACCUGUUUCAUGACGAUAUCCCGCGAGUUAGCAUGCAAAACUAAAUAUAUUUGCAGUCUAAGCAAGAAAACACAACAUAUAUUUGAUAUUUCGACAGGACUAAAAACUUUUUGUGCGUGUUUUUCUGGAGAUGCCUGCGAAAGCAUGUACGCGCAUGUCAAUUCAUUGAUCUUGCAGAGCUCGAAAAACUUUCGGCCGAGCGAGUGAGAUACCACAAUAAAACGGCGUAAUUCAAAAUUUUGCACGGUGACAUGUGAUGAAAUUUUGCGCAAGGAUAACUUCUUUUAAAACAAAUAGAAUAUCAAAAUUUAAAAAAAAUCUGUAGAUUGGAAAACUUUAAAUCCGCAAUUUUUUAUUCUGGCUGUUCUAAUCUACAGAAUUAUUUUAUUUUCAGGGAUAAGAUUCCUUAUUAUAAGUGAAAGCUAUACAGCAGUUAAAAAUUGGGGGUCACCGGCAAUAUUCGGAAAAUAAAGAAUAAAAACCUGCCUAAAAUAGCAAAAAAUACCAUAUUUGGCGAGGCUACUGUUACCAUGGAAACAAUAUUAUGUUCAAGAAUAUUGCAAUUUUUUUCUACCAAAUACUUAAUUUAUACUCGGCAAUGCUUAAAAUUAAUAGAUGGAGUGAUAAAAUUUAUAAAUUGAAAUUUUUACGCAAUAAGGCAUUUAUACUACGGAACUCAUGGAGCCACCUUAAAGCUAUAAGGGAGUUUAAAGUAGAGAUAAAAAAGUAAAGCGUAUUUUCUCUCUCAGGGAGAAAUGAACCGGAUUGUAGCGAGCCAUUACCUAAACCGCAGCUCUUCCCGUUCUCAUUGUAUAUUUACGAUAUACAUCGAGACGCGAUCCAGAGUGGUUUCCAGUGCAAAAUACACUGUAUCCAAGAUUAAUUUGGUUGAUCUGGCCGGUUCUGAACGUAUUGGAAAAACUGAACCAGAAGAAACUGGUCAACGAGAAGCAAUGUAUAUUAACAAGUCAUUGACGUUCUUGGAACAAGUCGUGAUUGCUUUGGGCGAUAGGAAAAGAAAACACGUCCCUUAUCGUCAAAGUAAGCUGACACAUGUACUGAGUGAUUCCAUUGGUGGACGUAAUAACACUGUCCUCAUUGCGAAUAUGUGGGGUGAGGAAAGUCAACUUGAAGAGACGGUAUGUUUAUUUUUGCUGCAUUGGGCCUGUCGCUAACAAAUACUUGCGACUGAAAAGAGACAUGGGCAGUUUGCCGUUUGCAUGGUUAAUUAACCAUUUUUUAAAUGCGCAAGUGUAAUAAAACUAUGGCUUUAAACCAGACCUGGAAAAUAUAUUUCUCCGGCUUCCUGGCAGCAAAAUCCAAAAAUAAAAUUUUUUUGUGUAAUAAAAUAUAAAAUAUAAAAUAGUUAUGUAGAUUUCAGAAGACGUGUUGUGCUGUGGCUUCAAUCUCGACAUAAGACAAUCUCGACUUUCAAAAUAUAUGUACUUUUGGAAUUUUUAAAUUAAAUAAGUAAAUUAUAUGACAUUCCAAUAUAUACUGUAAGAUGACAAAAUUUCCUGCAAGAUAUAAAAAAAUUUCCUGCGAAGAUAUUUUGUUAAAAAUUGCCUGGUAUGCAGCGGCGUUGCUAGUGCAUGCUGCCGAACAUUUUCCAGCACUGCUUGAAACAUGACUCUAGUAUACAAAAACAUUUAGUUGGGCAACAAGUCAAUGUUUCAACCAUUUUGCAGUCAUUUAUUCAAGUUAUAUUUAAUUUUUUACAAUGUAGCUCUCGACUUUGCGGUUUGCAGCAAGAAUGAGAAGUGUUUACUGUGAACCUGCUAUAAUUGAAGUUAUUGAUCCAGUGAAGCAAUGCAAGCAGUAUGAAGAAGAAAUACAAUUCCUGAAGAAUGAGCUUGCAAUGCAUGAUACACUGACCAACAGAGGUCAGGUUGUGUAUGAACCACUGUCAGAGACACAACAAAACGAGUUGAAACGACAAGUGGAAAAAUACAUAGCGCGAGAAAUUGCUGAGAUGGAGAUCGUGAAUGUGCGACAGAUUAAAGAAAUGUUGGAAAUAUUUCGAAAUAGUGUGCAUAACGUUGAAAAGGAGACGGAGAAACGGCUCAGAGAAAAAUACAUUUUUCAAGAAAAAACGUUGGUUGAAAAUCAGGACGUUCGUGGUACGUUGACAUCUUGGUAGAUUUAUAGCCCAUACUAAAAAUCAUGAUCAGUAACAGAAUUUUUAACAACCUUCAGCGUUUUAAGCAGUGACGGACACUUUAAGUUAGAUUUUCCCCCUUAAAUACCCAAUCAUAUACAAUACCUUGUUGAAUUUAUAGCUUACCAAAUUGAAUGCUUUCAUCAUUUCAUGUUUGAAAAAUUAUUGUUACAGCUUUGUUACACAGAUAUUUUUGUUACACAGAUAUUCCGGGAAAAUCUAUUAUCUACAUAAAAGUUUAUUGUUACACAGCUUUUCAGCUAUCGUUCAAAGGCUUUCUGAAAUUAUUGAGUGAGAAGUUACUCCUAGUGUCCGCCACUGGUUUUAAGUCACUAUUUUUAUGUACUUUUAAGCCUGUUUUAGCCUACACGUCGAAUUUUGGUCGCGUCGAAUGCAAUUCAAACAAUAGAUAAUGAGAUGAUAAACCUCAUUAAGCUUCAUUAUCUAUUGUUUGAAUUGCAUUCGACUCGACCGAAAUUCGACGUAUAAAACAGGCCUAAAUUCUAGUUUACGAGACUGUUUUUGAAAUCACGAACAUUGAUUUAAUUAAUGGACGUUUACAGUAUAACCAACCAUAUAUUGUGCGUUUGCUCAUGGAUAUUAGAUCAAACUGACAAAUUGAGAGAAAUUAUUUUUUUACAAGGCAGAACAAUUUAAUUCGUGUCGUCUUUUUUCAUUUCAGAUAGUGGACCAACAGCGCCUGUUGGUCAAGACGCUAAGUUACUUGGUGAACCUGAUGGUAAAGGGUUUGGCGUUGGUGUGGCGUCUGCACCUAUCAAAGCCAACACUAUGGUUUUAUUAGCGACGAGAGGGAAAAUAAAAAGUCGUCGAGGUAAAGACGUCGUUGAUCCAACGGAACCAAAACGUGUGGAAACACAAGGACAAGAUGAAGGCAAGAGUACUGCAACAACUGGCACAAGAACACAACGACAGGGUAGUCUCAGGCCAACAACACCACCACCAAAGUCUGAAGCGUUUGUAGAAUUUAAACAAGAACGAGGGAGUGAGAUCAGUAGAAUAUUACACGAGAACAAAGGUAACGAUCAUUGGAGGAGUGUAGAAUUCCCGAUGAAUGAACAGGUCAUGCACCGUCAUUAUAUUUUGGAGAGACUUGGAAAAAAAGCGCGUGAAAACCGAAAAUAUUUGGUGUGCGAGACUGUUAAUUUGGAGCUAUAUAUAGUUAGUAGUUGCUGCGAGCAAAGAAAACAGGUCCACUUUUCCUGGGGAACUCAAUUUUUGAGUUGGUAUGCAGCGAGCCAUGGUUUGUGACCUCAUAUAGAACAAUAUAUAGGCUUUGAAAUACACUCACAGCUAGAAAGAGCAUGUUAAAAUUAGCAAAAUUGCAAAGUUUGGUUACGAAAUGUUGUAAAAUGAGGAAAAUAUAGCCCUGUGAAGUUCGUAAAUUUUGUAUAUUUGUUAAUAGCAACCAAACUUUGCAAUUUUACUAAUUUUAAUGGAUUUUGUUCUUCUUGCCUAGAUCAAAAUUUAGUCUAUACCUGGAAUUGCCUAUUAGGCCCGACGAAGGGCCUUCACUCUAAACGUCGAAGUUUGUUCUAUUUUUCAGGUAGUUUUAUGACACACAAACAUUCUAUGAACAAGCUAAGAAUCAUAACAUUUUCUUUCUAGAAAUUCUGCGAGAAAAAAAGAAUACUUCCCGAGAACUGUCCCUGAGGAUCAAUACAACUAAAGUGGAACUGGACAAAGUCAAAAAGCUACUUGAAGAGAAGCAGGAGGAACGUCAAGAAAUGGGCGGAUCAGUUCUCCCGGAAACCGAAAAAGAAGUCAUAGACGAAGAAGAAUUCCAACAUCUACAGAAAUUCCAAGAAUUGAAGACACAGUACCGAGCUGAUUUUUAUGAGUUGCGUAGCGUUAAGUCAGAUAUUCAAUGUUGUGAAAAACUUGUUAGUCAAUGUCGUAAGAAACUUGUUACAGAGUUUGAUAUUUGGUACGCUGAGUGUUAUCUUGGUGAUGAGAACGAAAACAGUGUUGAGACAGAGAGUACAGAAAGAAAAUCAAGAAAGAGUAUCGCCAUUGAAGAUGAACAGGAGAAAUUUGAUCGAUUACAACUGGAAUACUUGAUGGAUGAACCAGAAUCUGUUGCGUACUACAAUGCUCAAAUGCAAACACAAAGACGAGCAUACUAUACAGAAGUUGGGAGGCAACGUCAGAAACCUGUACUGACCAAGAGACGGACAAACGAACCACCUGGUAUACUGACCACAUACUAGAUUUAAGAGAAAUAUAAGUGGCAGUGCAUUACCUUUGUUGCUCUAUUAUCAAAACACGUUCUGUAUGUAUGUAGUAGUAUUUGCCCUGACAUUUGUACUGCAAUAAUACUGGAAGCUUGUUAACAAGUGUGUAAAGGGUUACUUUUUGCUUAUGAAUUAUUAUUAAUUGAUCAAAAUUGUUGCAAACUGAAAGCAACUAGUUGGUUGGCAAGGACUGGCUUCUUGAAUAAAUUUUGAAAAAAAGUGAAGUUGUAAAAAUAUGAUCUUCAGUUUAAACAAAGUCUCGGAGUAGGGAGUUUCGACGUAUUAUUACUUAAAAUGAUGCAUUUUCCCAAGUGCAAGGCCCCAAGGGAAAUAUCAUCACUGAGGGUAAUAUUUCACGCAAUUCCCCGAGCGGAGAGUCUUUUAAAAACUCUACUCCAUGUUUUGGCUUACACAUGCACCAUAUCCAGUCAACAUAAACAAUGGCGCAACUCUAAUUCUGGGUACUCCUUUCGGUUAACAGCCGAACGCGCUAACCGAUUGCGCCACAGCGAUAACUAGAGCCUGAUUAGUUUCGCCAAUAUCAGGGCAACGGGAGAUCCUCUUGCUUGAGGAGGGAGCGACACUUGUCUUCCCUUUAUAAUGUACUCAAGCCAUUUUCUUUUUGCAAAAUAUUGACAUAGCGGCAAAGAAAAGAUGAGCAAUUUUUCAUCAAUCGCAAAUUCCUUGAAACACGUCAAUAUGUACCGUGACCAGGAUUUGAACCUGGGUCAAAAAUUAUCACCCAGGCAUAGGUUUUUCUCAUUCAUGAACUCAGUGAAGGAAAUUUCUCGCUUAUUCCAACAAGCAUGGCUUGCUGGUCUAGUGGUAUGAUUCUCGCUUCGGGUGCGAGAGGUCACGGGUUCGAUUCCCGUGCAAGCCACAAUGUCAAGAAUUUUCUGUUUCAAGCAUGUAUUGGAAAUUUUCAAAAUCCAAUCAAGAUAUAGAGAGAGAAAUUGUCUCUAUGCAUAUUCAGAUUGGACUUUAAAAUUUCAAAACAUAUUUGAAAGUUCUUGGCAUCGAGGGCUUCCACGGGAAUGAAGGAUCUCAUUGCGGUCGCAGCAGCUGACUGAAAAGUUAAUGUCUUUCGUUUUAAAAUCAGAUGUCAAAAAUUAUCUCCCAAGCACAGGUUUCUCUCGUUCACAUAGUCAGUGAAGGAAACUUCUCGUUUAUACUGGCAAGCAUGGCUUGCUGGUCUAGUAGUAUGAUUCUCGCUUUGGGUGCGAGAGGUCAAGGGUUCGAUUCCCGUGCAAGCUCUCGAAGUUAAGAAUUUUCUGUUUCAAACAUGUAUUUGAAAAUAUGAAAUUUUCAGAAAAGGUUUCCCGUCGUAAAAUUUACUUUUCGUUGCAGUUACGACUACUCCUCAAAAUGGUAUGAAGCACGUCCCUUGAUGGACUCGAACCAUCAACCUUUCGGUUAACAGCCGAGGCAGCAUCACUGUCUUCUCUUUAUAAUGUGUAAUACUCAAGCCAUUUUAUUCUUGCAAAAUAAUGACAUUGCGGUCUGGAGAAUAAAUGUGUGCAAAAUAAAUGUAUAAUUUUCUUCAAUUGGAAAUGGCCGUGACCAGGAUUUGAACCAGGGUUAUUGCGGCCACGCGCAAUGUACUGACCACUAUACUAUCACGGCAGCUUAGUAUAAACGUUAUUGUUAUAUAGUUGGUGUCAAAGUCCAAUUUUUCUGUUUGCCGAUUGGUCAAAACCGUAUCACGUGCCGGUCCGCGGCUUCGCUUCGGGCAACAACGGCGGUCUCGGGCCCACAAAACACACUGUUUCCCUCGGUUUCAGUAAGUAAGUGAUAAAUGUAUUUUAUUUUAAAAUCAGAUGUUAAAAAUUAUCUCCCAAGCAUAGGUUUCUCUCAUUCACGAACUCGAUCAGUGAAGGAAACGUCUCGCUUAUUGGGCAUGGCUUGCUGGUCUAGUGAUAUGAUUCUCGCUUUGGGUGCGAGAGGUCACGGGUGCGAUUCCCGUGCAAGCCCACAAUAGCAUGAGUUUUCUGUUUCAAACAUGUUGUUUUUGAAAUUUUUAGAAAGAUAAUAUUUUCUUUGGUAAAAUUCACUUUUCGUCGCAGUUACAACUGCUCGUCAAAAUGGUACGAAGCACGUCCCUGGAUGGACUCGAACCAUCAACCUUUCGAUUAACAGCCGAACGCGCUAACCAAUUGCGCUACAGAGACGACAAGUUCUUGAUUAGUGUCGCAAAAAGAAUGUCAAGGCAACGGUAGCUCCUGUUGCUGCUUGAGGAACGAGCGACACUGGUCUUCUCUUUAUAAUUUACUCAAGUUAUUUUCUAUUUGCAAAAUAAGGACAUUGGAAAAAAGCCGCAAAUAUAUAUUAAUUGCUUCAAAAACCUUAAUAUGUGCCGUGACCAGGAUUCGAACCUGGGUUAUUGCGGCCACAACGCAAUGUACUGACCACUAUACGAUCACAGCAGAUGAGAAAAGUUCGUGUAUUUGGUUUUAAAAUCAGGUGUAAAAAAUUAUCUCCCAAGCAUAGUUUCUCUCAUUCUGACGAACUCAGAGAAGGAAACUUCUCCCUUACUGAUCGGACAAGCAUGGCUUGCUGGUCUAGUGGUAUGAUUCUCGCUUUGGGUGCGAGAGGUCCCGUGUAAGCCCUGAAUGUCAUGAAUAUUCUUUUUCAAACAUGAAAUAGAAAAUCAUACCCUCUCCUUAUUUAGAUUUGAUUUGGAAAUUUCGAAUAGAUGCUUGAAACAGAAUUCCUUCACAUUGUGAGCUUGCACGGAAAUGAGGGAAUUUUUUACUGCUAUACGAUCACAGCAGCUGAGAAAAGUUCGUGUAUUUGGUUUUAAAAUCAGAUGUCAAAAAUUAUCUCCCAAGCAAAGGCUUCUUUCAUUCCGACGAUCUCAGUGAAGGAAACUUCUCCCUUACUGAUCCGACAAAUAUGGCUUGCUGGUCUAGUGGUAUGAUUCUCGCUUUGGGUGCGAGAGGUCACGGGUUCGAUUCCCGUGCAAGCCCUCAAAUGUAAUUUAUUAUAGAAAUUGUAAUUUUCAGAAAAGGCGUCCGUCGUAAAAUUUACUUUACGCUACAGUUAUGACCACUCCUGAAAAUGUUAUGAAGCACGUCCCUGGAUGGACUCGAACCAUCAACCUUUCGGUUAACAGCCGAACGCGCUAACCGAUUGCGCCACAGAAACGACAAGUGCUUGAUUAGUAUCAGAGAAAAAGCCGCAAAUCGGCUUCAAACACGUUAAUAACUUAUAUGUGCCGUAACGAUAGCUCCUGUUGCUGCUUGAGGCGCGAGCAACACUGGUCUUCUUCUCUUUAUAAUUUACUCAAGCUAUUUUCUAUUUGCGAAAUAAUGACAUUGGGGAAAAAGCCACAAAUUGCUUCAAACACGUUAAUAUGUGCCGUGACGAGGAUUCGAACCUUGAUUAAUGUGGCCACAACGCAAUGUAUGUACGUCACACUAUACGAUCACAGCAGAUGAGAAAAGUUCGUGUAUUUGGUUUAGUUCGUGUUUUGGUUUUAAAAUCAGAUCUCAAAAAUUCUCUCCCAAGCAUAGGUUUCUCUCAUUCACGAACUCAGUGAAGGAAACUUCUCCCUUAAUGCGACAAGCAUGACUUGCUGUUCUAGUGGUUUCUAGUGGUAUGGUUCUCCCUUUUGGUGCGAGAGGUCACGGGUUCGAUUCCCGUGUAGGCCCUGAAUGUCAUGAAUUUUCUUUUUCAAACAUGAAAUAGAAAACCAUACCCUCUCCAUAUUUAGAUUUGAUUUUGAAAUUUCAAAUAGAUGUUUGAAACAGAAAUUCCUUCACAUUGUGAGCUUGCACGGAAAUGAGAGAAUUUUUUGACCGCUAUACGACCACAGCAGGUGAGAAAAGUUCAUGUAUUUGGUUUUCAUAUUAGAUGUAAAAAAUUAUGUCCAAGCGUAGGUUUCUCUCAUACACAAACUCAGUGUAGGAAACUUCUCGCUUUUUCCGACAAGCAUGGCUUGCUGUUCAUGGUAUGAUUCUCGCUUUGGGUGCGAGUGAACACGGGUUCGAUUCCCAUGCAAGCCCACAAUAGCAUGAGUUUUCUGUCUCAAACAUGUUGUUUUUGAAAUUUUUAGAAAGCCACCCUCGGUGCGUCCAAUCCCGGACUCGCCUCCCUGCAAGUAUGUUUUUUAUAGAACGCGCUAACCCAUUGCGCCAAAACCGGAAAGGAUAAAAAUACAAUAAUUUGCGAGAUAAAAAGAAUACUUCCCGAGAACUGUCCCUGAGGAUCAUGAGGAACGUCAAGGAAUGGACGAAUCAGUUCUCCCGGAACCGAGAAAGAAGUCAUAGACGAAGAAUUCCAACAUCUACAGAAAUUCCAAGAAUUGAAGACACAGUACCAAGCGUUAUGAGUUGCGUAGCGUUAAGUCAGAUAUUCAAUGUUAUGAAAAACUUGUUAGCUAGUCAAUGUUGUAAGAAACUUGUCACAGAGUUUGAUAUUUGGUACCCUGAGUGUUAUCUUGGUGAUGAAAACGAAAACAGUGUUGAGACAGAGAGUACAGAAAGAAAAUCAAGAAAGAGUAUCGCCAUUGAAGAUGAGCAGGAGAAAAAUAUUUGAUCGAUUACAACUGGAAUACUUGAUGGAUGAACCAGGAUCUGUUGCGUACUACAAUGCUCAAAUGCAAACACAAAGACGAGCAUACUAUACAGAAGUUGGGAGGCAAC